CGUUCUUGAACACGCAGUCAGGUGUCGCGCUUCUAUCACUGUAUCGGCGACGCCCGCCCCACUUCCUCCAUCUCAUCGAGACACUUUUAUUUCUUCUUUUUUUUAACGUACGCGCGUGGACGUGGGAACACACUGGGGACUGCUGGCGUCGCUGUACUCUCUCUCCCCCGCAGUGAGGGGGACAAGUAGCAUUUUAGCUAGCGGCUGAUAAAACCGCCCCGGCGCGCUGUGGAUGUAAAAAUGAACCAACCCACCCGCGUGAAGCGGACCUUGUGUUAAAUUUUGCUGAGCGGUUUCAAGGUGUCGAAUGAGGAGAGCUUCCCCCACGCUGAAGCCUGCAGAUCACUGGACGUCUAAUUCAGACUCCUCUCCUCUGCAUCUUCUUGCCAUGAUUCAGACUUAACUAGCACCAUGAUGCAUCAAGUGAGGCUCACUGUAAAGAACAGCAAUAGCAGCAACAACAGCAGCAGCUCUGACUGAUUCUCUAGUCCUGGUACACAGUGCCUGCCUCUACAUGUCUGCCCCGAUUGGUUGGAAGUGCCAUGUCGUCCGCCGCACCCCCUGCGGCCCUGCCCCUUAAGAAGGGAAGGAAGUUGGAGAAAUUAGAAGUGAUGGCUGACUCGGUUCAGGCCACCAACGAAGAGCUUAGGAGCAAAAUGAUGGACUUCCAGAUUGAGCUGCAGCAGGAGCGGGGCAAGGUGUCUAAGCUGCGUGAGCGACUGCAGGAGCAGCGUCAAGCUCGGGAGCUGGAGCAGCACAAGCACGCUGUGGCGCUCACUGACCUGCGCGCUAAACUCCAUGAGGAGAAGCUACGCGAGACUGCAGCGGCACGAGAAGCUCUCGCACGGCAGCAUGAAGCAGAGCUGGCCAGGACUAUUAAGAUCCGUGACACUGAGGUACAAAGGCUCCAGGGACUGGUGCACGCCCUGAGAGACGGAGCCGCUGACAAGCUAAAAAAUGCUCUUCUCGGAGAGGCUCGAGAAGAGGCCAAGAGGGCUUUCGAUUCCGAGAGGCUAAAGCUACAACAAGAGAUCCAAGAACUAAAGGCAGCCAAGAAGCAGGCCGACGAGGCUCUGGCCAAUGCACUACAAGCCGAUAAAGCCAAAGCAGCUGAUUUGAGGACAGCUUACCAGCAGCACCAGGAUGAAGUGCACCGCAUCAAACGUGACUGUGAGAGAGACAUCCGACGACUGAUGGAUGAGCUAAAGGCCAAAGACCGUGUGGUGUGUGCCCUGGAGAGAGAGCUGGGGAUGCAGGCCGGCUACACCCAGAAACUCCAGCUCCAGAAGGAGGCCCUGGAUGAGCAGCUGGUUCACGUACGAGAGGCCGAAAGAUACAACCAUAGCAGCCCAAAGAGAGAGGUGGUGCCUGGGCUUGGGGACAACACAGACCUGCUCAACAACCAGUUUUUGUCCUCCUCCUCUUCCCCACUCCCCCCUGCUUCCCAGGAGGCGGAGGAGCGUGACACUAGGAGGUUCCAACUGAAGAUAGCGGAGCUCCACUCCGUCAUCAGGAAGCUGGAGGACAGAAAUGCACUGCUGGCUGAUGAGCGGAAUGAACUUUUGAAGAGAGUUCGAGAGGCAGAGAGCCAGAUGAAGCCCAUGUUUGAAAAGACCAAGCGCCUCUCUAAGAAGAAUGAUGACCUCCUGCAAACACUGCAGCGAAUGGAGGAGAAACUUAAAAACUUGAGCCGCGAGAAUGCUGAGAUGAAAGAAAAAGCUUCUGGACCCCCCUUGCAGCACCAAACCCAUCAAAAGCAGCUGAAGCGGCCCAGCUCCCUAACCGACUUAAGUCACGCCCAUGAGGAGCAGGAAGUAGAGUUCCUCAAGCUCCAGAUUGCAGAGCAACGCGGCAUCAUCGACGAACUCACUCAGGAACGUGAGCGUUUGGUGAUAGGCAAAAAGACGAGGAGAAAACCUCUCAAACUAACCAAAAGGCAUGUUGUCGAGACAUAUUUUGGGUUUGAUGAGGAAUCUAUAGAAUCUGAAACCUCCUCUCUGACCUCCUAUAACACUGACCUUACUGACCGCACACCUGCCACUCCAGAGGAGGAAUUAGAGGAGAGCGCUUCCCAUGAGGAGUCGGAGCUUCGUUUUCGUCAGCUCACCAGAGAAUACCAGGCUCUCCAGCGGGCCUAUGCCCUCCUGCAAGAGCAGACUGGAGGCUCUCUCGAUGCUGAGAGAGAAGCCAGGACGCGUGAACAGCUGCAGGCGGAGCUCAUUGGCUGCCAGGCCAAGAUCGUAGAUCUGGAGAAGGCACUGGUGGAGCGGGGUCAGGACUCAAAGUGGGUGGAUGAGAAGCAGUACUUGCUCAGGAUGAACCAGGAACUUCAUGAAAAGAUGUGUGCACUGCAGCAGGCCGAGUCACGGCUCCAGGCCGAGGUUCAGGAUGCUCGGGACCAGAAUGAGCUGCUGGAAUUCCGGGUGCUGGAACUGGAAGAGCGAGAACGAAGGUCUCCGGCCCUCAAUCUUCACAUGUCUGCCUUCCCUGAGAACAGUAGCAGUGCCCUGCAGGUCUACUGUCGCCAGGAGGGAGUCAAGGAUGUAGUCAUUCCAGAACUAAUGAAGAAACUGGACAUCCUUGGAGAUAACGGGAAUCUCCGAAAUGAGGAGCAGGUUGCAGUGAUCCAGGCCGGUACAGUCAUAUCUCUGUGUGAAAAGUGGUUGAAACAGGUUGACAACACAGAGGCCGCUCUGACGCAGAAAAUGAUUGACUUGGAAAAUGAUAAGGAGCUGUUUAGCAAGCAGAAGGGUUUCCUUGAGGAGGAGUUGGACUAUAGGAAGCAGGCCUUGGACCAGGCCAACAUGAGGAUCGAGGAGCUGGAGGCCACGCUGUAUAGCGCUCUGCAGCAGGAGCAGCCAUCAUGCCAGGCAGUGGCCGAGUCGCUGACAGACAGACAGAGGGAGGAGCUGAGGCUCGCCGUGGACAAGCUGCGGCGUCAGAUUCUCCGGCAGAGCCGGCAGUAUGACAGUCAGAUCUUACAGGAGCGUAUGGAGCUCCUACAACAGGCCCAGCAGGUAAGGCCGAAAACAAACUCCAGUGAGGUUACAGCCCUCCCUCAAUCUGACCCAUGUGACCUUUCAGACCACCAAAUCUCUAGUGUUAUGAAAAGAUGCAGUAUCCCUGUGUGUAGACUACCUGUAAAUGUGUCCACAGUGAAACAGUGUCACAGAAUGACUGUCUAUGGUUGUGAGUGAGUUUGUUUCAUUGUGAUGAGUCCCUCUUUUCCCUUUACAGUAUUGCCCUGCUCCUUCAUCAUCUCUCCACUUGACAACUCACGCAGUAGUUUUAUUGUAUGUUUCUCAUCAAACACCACGGCACCUUAAAUGUCAUUUUAAUCACUAACAACAAGCACCCUCCAACCAUGAAACACAUUAAUGAUUAACUACUCAUGAUCUGUACUAACUAAUCAAAUGCAUUUUGACUAACUGACAAUUUAUGAGUCAAUAAUCAACAUGACAGACUGUAGAAAAAAGCCUUCAUGGAUGUAAGUAUUCACAAUCGAAAACAAGUGUUGACUUCACCUAAGAUUUCUAAGCCAGUCGAUGAAAAUGUUUUCAAUGAAUAAAAAAAAAUAAUUAAGCCGGUUAUGCAAUGAGUCAUUCAGAUGUGUAUUGUUUAAGACUACUAUGAUUGUCCAAUUAUAUGAAUGUAAAUAUUACGCAUAUUUAUCUCUGUCAGUUUUAAGUCAUCAACGUGGCUGUAUCUUUCGUUAACAGAAGAGUUCUGUCCACGUGUAUAACCAGAGUGAGAUAUGACAAAGGAGUCAUAAUAGUUAAAUAGUUAUUCAUAAUCCAGAGUUGUGCAACUUACUUUGGGAAAAUGUGGAUGGUUGUUGUGGUCAGUGCUGACAUUUUGACCAUCUAACUACAUGUGUUUUUGCCAUGCAGAGAAUUAGAGCGCUGGAGGACAGGAUCGACUUACAAAAGAGACAAAUAAAGGAAAUAGAAGAAAAG